GCUUCCUCGGGAAAUCGAGGUUGCCGCUGCCCUUGUCCAGCCUCCUUUAGGACCGAGGAGGGAAAGGGCUUGCGUUUGUCCUUUAGUUUCCACUCGCUGCCUUCGAUUAUAGUCUAAGGGAAAGGAGCGGUAGCCAGCCGAACACUGCGUGCGGGUGCUCGCCGGUGCCCGGCGGCAAGGGACUAGUGGGUCUGAGGGGAAAGAGGAAGGAAGGGGGAGCUGCUAGUCUUCUCGGAAGAGGGCGCUGCCUUCCCUCCUGUCUCUGGCAGGCUCUCCGAGGCUAAGGGAGAAGCCCAAGUGUCGGGUCGCCUUCAGCUCCUGGGCAGAGAAUGCAGUUGGGAGAACCGCUCCUAGCGAGCGCAGUUCACUUGCCCAGCGCUCACUUCUACCCUCUGGAGAGCGGGAGCGCGAGCGGCAGCGGCGGGCCCCACCACGGCGCUGGCUCCCCCGCGCAGAGGCUGGACGUGGACAAAGGGCAAAAAAAGUUCCGGGCCGGCCUCGCGUGCGAAGCUGCUCGGGAGCCCGGCUCGUCCAGCGGCGGGGCCGCCCCUCCGGGCAUGCUGAGCGACGCCGACGCCGCGGACACCUUCUCCAGCGCCGCCGCCGUGGCCAAGCCGGGCGCCCCGGACGGCCGCAAGGGCUCUCCGUGCGGGGACGAGGAGCUGCCCUCGGCCGCGGCGGCGGCGGCGGCGGCGGCUGCUGCUGCGGCAGCCGCGGCCGCUGCGCGCUACCCCAUGGACAGCCUGAGUCCGGAUCGCUACUACCUGCAGUCGCCGGGGCCGCCCCAGGGCGCGGAGCUGGCCGCGCCCUGCUCUCUCUUCCCCUACCCCGCGGCCGCGGCAGCGGCGGCGGCCCAGCACGGCUCCGUGUACCCGGCGCCCAACGGCGCCCGCUACCCCUACGGCUCCAUGCUGCCCCCCGGAGGCUUCUCGGCCGCCGUGUGCUCCCCGGGGAGGGCGCAGUUCGGCCCCGGCGGCCCCGCCGGCGGCGGCGGGCCUGGCGGCGGGCCGGGCGGCUAUCAGUACGGCCAGGGUGGCCCCGGCGCGCUCUACGGCCCCUACCCGGGGGCAGCCGCAGCCUCGGGCUCCUGCGGCGGCCUCGGCGGCCUCGGGGUGCCGGCCACUGGCCUGCGCGCCCAGGUCUACCUCUGCAACCGGCCCCUCUGGCUCAAGUUUCACCGGCACCAGACGGAGAUGAUCAUCACCAAGCAGGGCAGGAGGAUGUUUCCUUUCCUCAGCUUCAACAUUAACGGACUCAACCCCACAGCCCACUACAACGUGUUCGUGGAGGUGGUGUUGGCUGACCCCAACCACUGGCGCUUUCAGGGAGGCAAAUGGGUGACGUGUGGCAAGGCUGACAACAACAUGCAGGGCAACAAAAUGUAUGUUCAUCCUGAGUCUCCCAACACUGGCUCUCACUGGAUGAGGCAGGAAAUCUCCUUUGGGAAACUGAAACUUACCAAUAACAAAGGCGCUAAUAACAACAACACCCAGAUGAUAGUCCUGCAGUCUCUCCACAAGUACCAACCCAGGCUUCACAUCGUAGAAGUUACUGAAGAUGGUGUGGAAGAUCUUAAUGAUUCCUCUAAGACUCAGACAUUUACUUUCUCUGAGACCCAGUUCAUUGCUGUGACGGCUUACCAGAACACUGAUAUCACCCAGCUGAAGAUCGACCAUAAUCCAUUUGCAAAAGGUUUCAGGGACAACUACGAUUCCAUGUACACCGCUUCCGAAAAUGACAGGUUAACUCCAUCUCCCACGGAUUCUCCUAGAUCCCAUCAGAUUGUACCAGGAGGCCGCUACGGAGUUCAGUCCUUCUUCCCGGAACCUUUCGUCAACACUUUACCUCAAGCAAGAUAUUAUAACAGCGAGAGAACCGUUCCACAGACCAAUGGUCUCCUUUCCCCCCAGCAAAGUGAAGAGGUCUCCAACCCUCCCCAGAGAUGGCUCGUGACUCCUGUGCAGCAACCUGGAGGCAACAAACUGGAUCUAAGUUCCUAUGAGUCAGAGUACUCUUCCAGCACCUUGCUGCCCUAUAGUAUUAAAUCCCUGCCCCUCCAGACAUCCCACGCCCUGGGCUAUUACCCUGACCCAUCCUUCCCUGCAAUGGCAGGCUGGGGAGGCCGAGGCUCUUACCAGAGAAAGAUGGCAACUGGGUUGCCAUGGACAUCCAGAACCAGCCCUCCUGGUUUCUCUGAAGAUCAGCUCUCCAAAGAGAAAGUCAAAGAAGAAAUUAGCUCUUCCUGGAUAGAGACCCCCCCUUCCAUAAAGUCUCUAGAUUCAAAUGAUUCUGGGGUGUAUACUAGUGCUUGCAAGAGAAGGCGGCUCUCUCCCAGUACCUCCAGCAAUGAAAAUUCCCCAUCGAUAAAGUGUGAGGACAUAAAUGCAGAAGACUAUAGCAAAGACACUUCAAAAGGCAUGGGCUACUAUGCUUUCUAUACAAGUCCGUAAAGCAUUACAUUACUCCUGUAAAACUGACCAGUUUUUUUUUUUUAAGGUGGACUUGGUGUGUGUGGUUGGGUUUUUCUGUUUGUUUGUUUUUUGUUUUGUUUUGUUUUUGCCUAGGUUGCCAAAAAGACUUUUGCCUCCCACCUUGAA